AUGCCCGGUCGCUUGAGAAUCCAGCGGCCGUCGCCGACAACCGUCAGCUUCACCGUCUCUAAUGCGGCCCGGCGCUCCAAUUCCCCGGCGAAGAUCUUCUUUGGUCUCCAGAUCCUUCUGCGCGCACUCCUUUUCUGCUGCGUGAUCCUCGCUACCGCUGCACGGAUUCGUCACUUUUUCCUGCUGGAGAAUGGCAGGAUAUUACAGUGGAAGCUCAUUUGGGCCAGCCCACUCGGUGCUCAUAUCUGCCGUCUGGUGGACUCCUACAACCCAUGGGCCAUGGCCGCGGUCAACACAUUGAUCGUAUAUGGCGUUUUUAGAAGAGGGUACACCGAGGAAUCUCUCCUUGUAAUUCGAGGCUUCGGAAUUCAGACCUCGACGUCUUCUUCAACAUACCUUUCUUCAGCCGCGACGAGAUUUAUCCCCACCACUCAGAUUCAAGACAUUGUGAUACACGAGGCUUUCAAGGGAUUCGAGGUUAGAUUUUAUCUCGCUGUGAUUGUCGAAGGAGAACCCGAUGUUCUGGUGGUUUUUCCGCACCUACUACCGAAGCGUGAGAUCCUUGAAGAAGUUUGGCGGGGCUCGCGUCGUUGUCUCUAUGAUGCGAAAUCAUGA